UCCCUUUGACAACAGCUCAUUGACGUCAGCGAAUAAUGUGCAGCUGAAGCCUGCACACGGAAGUAAGGAAAACCUUAGCAUUGUACAGUUUCCCCCCAUAAUGACAGCUAUCAGUUUAUACAUUUCUACAUGUAGAUAUGUAAUGCAGGCCAACGCGGCUGACCACGAUUCGUGGACAGAUUUGUAUCGCUAUCUACCAUAUCUUCGUCAAGCUCUUUCAUGUUGUGUGUGCGGGAACAUCAUUUCGAAGCCUCGAGGACCAAGUCAUAGCGAAUGUUUACACAAUGUAUGUACUCACUGUGUUGGAGGUAAGAUGAGGUUAAAACCUUCAUGUAGUUGGUGUAAAGACUAUGUCGACUUUCGAGACAAUACCCAUUUGAGGAUAUUAGUGCUUUGUUUUCAAAAGCUAUGCGAAUACAUUUAUGCCACACAGAUUUGGACAGAGCUUACAGUGUCAUCACCCAAUGGGGAGACAAAUCCACUAGUGUCUAUCAUCAAAGAAGCCAUGGCUUUUGAAGAUGACUAUGUCUCAAACACUCACAUUCCUAAUCUACCUAUGGCAAUGCCAGUUUUGACACCUGCCACAAUUAAACCGAUAAGAAAGAGGAAUGGUUCAAAUAGAGAACAGCCUGCUGAUGACAUAAGUGAGGGGUCAUCACAAGACCCCCCUACUCUCUCUCCAGAGUGUGACACCAAUCCAUUUGAAAAGGAUGGCACAAAAAGUUGCUCAAGUAAAGAAGAAAAAUAUGCACAUAUUGGUUUAGGGUAUGAUUCUGUGUCAGCUCAUAUACAUCCAGAUAUGAACCAGGUUAAAUUGGGAGUUGAUGCAUACAUUGGAAGGAGUCACCAUGUUGGUUGCAAAAACAACAAGUCUGAGAAACAGCUUGAAGUACAUGCUGAAGAAGUAGGUAGGAAGUCGUGGAAAAAUCAGAGAUCUAACAGUCAAGACAAUAUCUUUGAACCACCAAGUAAACGAACAAGAGCAUCCUCUCUUCCAACUGGUUCAGAAUUGUCCAGAAAAGUAUGUAGAUGUGCCCGAAAUAAUCCUCCAAAUCGCUUGACAUGUCUUGGUCAGAGGUGUCCAUGUUACAGCUCUAGAGUGCCAUGUAUUGGUUGUAUGUGCAGAGGAUGUCGGAAUCCCAGAAAAUUAGACUUCAAAGUUCUCACUGACCCUGAUGGUGGGCACUGUGACAGUGAGUGUGGAACUGGUUUAAAUGUGUAAAAUGAAAAGCACCUGUUGCACAAUGUUAUAUUAUUGUGACCAAAAUGAUUGUUAUGUGAUAAUCAAAUUAGAUUUUGAUUUUGCUGUUUCAUGAACAUGAUGAAUAAGUAGUUCUCAAACUAUAUAAAUUACCAUGAUUACUGUUACAGAAAAUUAUGUUUGAGUGUUUCUUUUUGGUUAGAAUAUGAUGUUGUAUAUUGAAAUAUUAUGGUACAGAAUACGUAAAAUUAAGUCAAUUUCAGAUGAAAAAAGUGCUUAUUUUGGAAAGUUGUUUUUGUUGAUUUGUUUUUAAUAUAGAAGUAUGAAAUUUUGUUUAUUUAAACCAUAUACAGUGACAAAGUCAAUUUGAGACAUUUACAAGGAUCACUUAUGGCUGAAAGUCAAGUGAACUUCCUUUGUGGCACAUUGUCCGCUGCCCAUCCAUUUGUUUGUUGUUCCAUCGCUAACUUUUGCAUUUUAGAUUUUAGAUUUCUCACUUCUGAAACUACAAGGUCCAUGGAGUUGAUACUUUGAACAAUUCCAGGUAUAAUGUCUGUCAGGAGGUGCUCAUGACAUUUCAAUCUGAUCUGGCCACGAUUGAAAAGGUCUAUUUUGGUCAUAACUCAGACAUUUCUGCAUGUAUCAUUAUGAAAUUGCAGUAUGCUCUCUGUGACUUUAGCCACUAGUCAACAUGGCCAAAGCCUGGGUCCAGAAAAAUUCUGUUUGGUCUAAUAUUAAAAGCUAAUAAAAGUCCAUUUGAUAACUCUGAAAUGUACCAAAAACGAUGCCAAGUUGUAGCAAGUUUUUGGCGCAAACUGAUCAUGUGUUUUUUGGAAUAACAUAAAAUGUUUUGGCAUAUUUCGAUUUUCCAUCUAGCUACAACCUUUUGACUUUCAAGUACUCUAUUUUUUUUAGUGUUAUUUCAUUUUCGACAUCUGCUCUUAAAGUUAAAAUACAAAUGCUUAUGGAGCCGAAACUGUAUGAAUGAUCUCAGCUAUAUAGUGAAGCUAAAAUGUGCUAUUUUAGAAACCCAUUUGGGAUGUUUUGAAAUUUUGCAUAGGUUUAGUUAGCAGUGGGGCCAAAGAUGUUGGUUCCAUUUUUGCAAUGUUAUGAAUUUUGAUCUUGAUUCAACUUUUGCAGCAUAAAUGAUGCUGUUGUCAAAGUGUAAAUUCUUCACUCAAAGUGAAAAUAUGAAAACUAUAUGGUAAGAACCUACCAUACACCAUCAUCUAUAUCUCCGGGGCUCACAUUUCAGUAAACCUACACUAACCCCUGGACCAAUCCUUUUGGUUCUCACAAUCUUAAAUUACCUGCCCUUGAUUUUCAUUAACAUUUUACCGAGCAAUUAAACUUAGUGAUAAGGAAAAAUAAAAUGGUUAAGGGAGGUAACUUAUAGUGCCUAGAAACCACAGCCACAGUCACUUUUGAUGGAGUCUGUUUGUUGUGACAGACUGCUUCAUAGGUACAUGUCCAUGUUACCCCAGUCUAACCCCGACACAGACCUUUGAAGUUGAAAAAACUUUACACUUUUACCAAAGUCUUCAACACCUUCUCCUCUGAUACUGCUUGACUGAUGAAACUGAAAUUUGUCCUAGUCAUCUGUCUGAAACAGCAAGACUGAGGAAGGAGAACUUUGGCAUGUGUGUUUCACCUGAUGAUGACCUUCUGCAGAGAACCUUGUUCAGUGUGUGCCUUUGUUGGGGUUUAAAUUGUGUACUUCAUGUCCAGGUGAGCUACAGUGCUUCAGCUCGUUUCCAUUGACAACAAUAAGAAGAAACACUGUUAAUAUCGUACAAAUAUUUUGCUAAACGAUUAGCUUGUGCAGGUUAUAACAUUGAUUAGUGUCCUUUUAAUAUUUAAAUUUCUUUUGUGGGCAGUGUUGGGGGAAGAGGCAAAAAAGUUUGGGUAAUUGUGUAUAACGUGCAACAUGCUUACUGUUUAUCCUGUUUAUGCAGUUACAUGAAUGGAUUUACUUCUGUCAGUGGCUGUUUGUCUGUUGUUAUUUAAAAAAAAGAUUGAUGUUUAUUGUCCUUUUUUUAAUAUUUUUUUCUAUUACACCCAAGGUUUAAUCUAUUUCCAGAAAAUGAUGUUUCAAUGUUUAGGAAGUGCGAUUUUAUCAGAAAGAAAUAAUAAAUGUUGUCAACAUACCAUGUUCUGCCUCUUGCUAGGAUAAUGAUAGUAUCAUGUUUAUUAGUAGUGGGACGAUACACUGAUGCAUCAAUGGAUCACGAUAUUUUACUUCUCGAUACAAGUAUCGGCCACAAUUGCACACUAAGUAAAAAGUAUUGAUUCUAACCUCAACUGUAGAACUUUAAUAAAUGUUACUCCAAACAUUAAUUACAAGUGAAAAUGAGUAGUGAAAAGGUACAUAUUUUCGCCAUACCUGACACUGCCAAGUGUAAUUUGUUAGUGUGCCAGGUAGUUUGCCAUCAUGUCUAUACAAGAGAUGGCUAACGCACCACUGAUAAGAGCACAUGCAAGUAUCGUGAUAUGUAUUGGAUCACACAGUUGGUGUAUCAUCCCAGUCCUAAUGUUUAUCCUGUGAUCCUAUUUAGUUACAUGCCAUUUCGAUGCCAUUUGAGUUCUAGUUUUAGCAUGGCCAGUUAUUCUUCAGGACUCUCUCUGUCACAGAGUUUUGCCUACCAGAGUUUUAGUUUCGCCAGAUUUGUUGAUGUCAUCAUCUGUAAAAGUCUUCACCUCUGAAACCACUGGACUAAUCAUUUGGUAACUUAGCUAAAAUCUUAAGACACCUGAAAUUUUUCAAGAGCUUUACAUGCCAUUUUCAACAUGGCCACCAAAUCGACAACAUGGAUAUAUUUACUUCUGUGUAUUAUUCUGUCAUCUCUUCUUUAUACUUUUUUCAAUUUUGUGUCAAGAGUUUUUUGUAGUCAUGCUCAGCACAUUGUCUCUUUUCUCUUGUUUUAAAUAUUGAUCUUUGGCCAAAAAUUCACCCAAAAUGUAUUCUUGGCUCUGUAAACAAAUUGUAAACAUCAUUUCUGAAACUGCUAGACUGGAAAACUUUUAAUUUUUUAUUCAUUUCUUUGUCAGUAAUGGACAACAUGGUUUGCUCAAAUCAUUGAGUGAGUGAGUUGGGUUUAACACUGCUUAGAACAUUAUUCCAGUUAUAUCACAGCAUGUCAGCUUAAUGUGGGAGGAAAGCCAAAGUGAUGCAGGUCUCAGACACUUACCACAAACCCUGAAGCACAGGUAUGUAGGCAAACUGGGACUCGUUCCCAUGAUUAUAGGUUUCUGGCGUGCCCAAGGGACAGAACUCUACAGAAGAAUGGGCCACCUACACCCCCCUCAAAUCAUUGUGAUUUUAUUGUUAGUUGUUGAACCGACUCAGAUCAAAGGUCCUAGCGAGCUUAAGGCAUUUAAUUUCAAUUUUUGAAAACUGCCUCUGUGGUCAAGUGGUAGAGCAUUUGCACAGAGAGUGGAAGGUCAGGGGUUGGAUCCCUGGUCGCGUCAUACCUAAAGAUGGUACAACAUUGUACUUGUUAUCGUGCCUGGUUAUCUUCCUUGGGGUCUUACAAGCACUGGUUAGCUCGGAGUCCGUAUACUGUCUGGGUGGGGUAUUCAUGUUAAAGUGUGGCAUGGUAUCUCUGUGGGCUAGCACAAUAAAAUCGGCAUUAGUCCAGACUAGUAGAAGCAGCCACACACUCAUGCAUGCACAUCGCUAUAUAAGUGCAAUAAUAUUUAACGUGACGUUAAGCCCCAUUUCACCUCACCUCAAUUUCAAAUGAAAAAGACAAUAACUAUAAAAACUCUUUUCACUAAUCUUCUUCUAAUGAAAGACAAGGUUGAUGAAUCUAAAACAUUGAUAUAAUGUGAUUCAGGUUUGUUUAUGUCAUUAAAAUAAAAGUAAGUUUUUGAUAAGGGAAAUUUGUAAAACUUUGUACAUAGUUCAUAAUUCUUUCGUUGUUAAGAAUAUUCUACAUAUUUUAAGCACCAUUUUGUUAGAAACUGAAAGUGUGAGAGAGCUUCAUAGAACCUUCAGCUGACUAGAUGAGCACAGUGCCUUGUUGCUGUUGUGAAAGUUGCAUGUCAUUGUGGACAAGGGUAUGUGCAAGGAACUCUGGUUUCAUACAUGUAUCUAAACCGUUUUUGCCAGGGCUACAGUUAAACUAUUCCCAAUUAGACAUUGUGUUCCCAACUCUUUGAGACCUACAGCAUGUAUAGUGUGUCCCCGAGUAUGGUCAGGUAAUAGGGGGUUGGGUACCUUUGGGUAAAUUUGGACUCAUCCCAGCCCUAAAACAUAGAUUUUAUUUGUGUAAAUUUCUUUUAUUUGCUAAAUUUCCAGGUAUCAGAUCAGAUACCACCAUCAUAGAGUGAUAAGUUUCUACAGGCUCGACAGGAAGUCCAAGCAUUGUGAAGUGAAAGACAUGGCUUUGUUGUUCAUCAGGUUUGCUGUCUCCAUUGUAUUGCCACAUGAAUGUGUAGGAAUCCAGUCUGUUCUCCCAACAAAGAAACUAAGUACCUUGUGCUACACUCUACUACAUUAUUAUCCCCCGCCCCAACAAAGUUGGCGGGGGAUAUAGAAAUGGGUUCUGUCCGCCCGUCUGUGCAUGUGUGUGUGCCUUCCGAAAUCGUUUCUGGAUCAUAACUCAGAAACCGUUAAAUAUUUCUCUACGAAACUUUGCAUGUCUAUCAGACUCAUGCUGAACUGGUGCCUUUUUAUGUUCAUUGUUGAUGUUUCCAUGGCAACAAGUUGGACUCAGGUUCU